AUGACCAAUAGCACCAAACCCCCAAUGAAUGGUUUUUGCAAUGAGACCCAUCAAGAACCCUGUCUGUAUGAGCCCAUCGCAAUCAUAGGCAUGGGCAUGAGACUCCCAGGACGCGUCCAUAACGCUACCGACUACUGGGACCUCCUUGUCAACGGCAGAAGCGGACGUUGCCGAGUUCCAAAGAGUCGUUACAACAUCGACACCUGGUAUGGCAGUGGAAAAGCUGCCCACGUUCCCAGCGAGUUUGGCUAUUUUCUCGAUGACAUCAACCUGGCCCAUGUAGACCCUAGCUUCUGGUCUUUCACAAAGCAGGAGGCCGAACUCAUGGACCCCCGGCAACGUCUAUUCCUCGAAGUUGCUUAUGAAGCCCUUGAGAAUUCAGGUUCCACGAGAUGGAGAGGUUACGAUGUUGGGGUCUACGUUGGAACCAUGGGAGAAGACUGGAGUCAGCUUGAGUCUCGCGACAGUCAAAGCCUCCAACAGGUUCGCCCUGAUGUGUAUGGAGACUAUAUCAUUGCCAACCGGGCGUCGUAUGAGUUUGAUUUUACAGGACCGAGCGUCGUUGUUCGAACUGCAUGUUCCGCAUCUCUUGUUGCACUGCAUCAGGCAUGCCAAGACCUCCACAGCGGAGACUGUUCAUCUGCCAUCGUUGGGGGUGUCAACCUCAUCCUCAGCCCUAAGGACACCGUUAUCAUGCAGCAAAACGGAGUGCUGUCUCCGUCAGCAGCAUGCAAAAGCUUCGACGCCGAAGCCGAUGGAUUCGCACGCGGUGAAGGCGUCUCUGCCAUUUACAUCAAGAAGGUGUCCGAUGCAGUACGCGAUGGCGAUCCUAUCAGAGCAGUUAUUCGGUCAACCUGCACUGCGGGAAAUGGCAGAACCCCAGGACUGACGACGCCGAACCCUGAAAUACACGAAAGGCUCAUGAGAAGGGGACACAAGAUGGCUGGGAUCACCGACUUGUCCAAGACCGCGAUGGUAGAGUGUCACGGAACUGGUACUUUUGUUGGGGAUCCCCUGGAAGUCAGUGCAGUGGCCAACAUCUGGGGUGAUCACGGCAUCUAUAUCGGCUCAGUCAAGCCAAACAUCGGUCACGGCGAAGGGGCUUCUGGGCUCUCCAGUGUGAUCAAGAUGGUUCUGGCAUUGGAGAACUCCACCAUACCACCAAACAUCAACUUCAAAACUCCUAAUCCUCGAAUUCCAUGGAAGAGUGCCAAACUCAGAGUUCCCACAGAGCCUGUACCCUGGCCAGCUGAUAAAGAUCAGCGGGUCUCAAUCAACAGCUUUGGUAUCGGUGGUUCGAACGCUCACGUGUUGCUGGAAUCUGCCUCUUGCUUUGGCCUAUCAACUUCCACCCUAACAAACGGCCUGAGCUCAGGGACUAACGUUCCAAAACACCAACUCUUGCCACUUUCCGCCACACAUCCUGAGUCAAUCAGUGUUAUGGGCCGCAAGGUUCAGAAUUAUUUGAGUCACAAACCUGCAAGCUUGGGCGACGUCGCACACUCAUUAGCAUCUCAUCGAGAGACACACCCAUAUCGAGCUUUCUGUGUGACCGACGGCAGCAGUUCCUUUCAGAUUUCAUCAGUUGUCAAAGCAACAACGGCCCCGCCAGAUGUAGUCUGGGUCUUCACGGGUCAAGGGGCCCAAUGGGCUCAAAUGGGCAAAGAACUUCUAGAGCAAGAGGGGUUGUUCAAAGACGGGAUCGAUGCCAUGGAUGGAGUUCUUGCAGGUCUUCCAGAUCCUCCACCAUGGACACUACGAGGUUGGUAUAUCUACGAAACUUGCUGGAAUCCCACUGAUAAUCUGAACCUCUCAGAAUUACUAUCUGCCCCGAAAGGAGAGAGUCGCCUCCAUGAAGCAGAGUUUUCGCAGCCAUGCUUGGUUGCGAUUCAAGUCGCGCUCGUCGAUUUGCUUCGCUCAUGGGCCAUUGCGCCAGCUGCAGUAGUGGGACAUUCUUCGGGCGAGACCGCUGCUGCCUAUGCGGCUGGUGCAAUUACAGCUGAAGAGGCUAUCUUGAUCGCCUAUCACCGUGGUCAGAUCACUCGUCUCAUAAAAGCUGCACGCAAUGGCAGCAUGGCAGCAGUUGGUCUUGGCAGAAAACAAGUUGGGCGGUUUCUUCGCCCAGGUGUCAUCAUCGGCUGUGACAAUUCUCCGUCAAAUGUCACUCUGUCGGGCGAGAGCGAUGUUCUUGAGGAGAUUCUUCUGGAGCUCAGCUCUAAGCACCCAGAUGUUCUCGCCCGGAAGCUCCGCGUUGAGUGCGGAUACCACUCUCGUGAGUUCAUGUUACACCGCUCCUGGUUUCGUAUCGUGAUCGCCCGACUAAUGUCUACCACAGAUCAUAUGAAGACUGCCGCCGCAGAUUUCACAUCCCGUCUGGAGGGACUGCUUCAGAACAAGGAGCCACGAAUCCCGUUCUAUUCGUCUGUGACAGGAGAGAAGAACACAGACAUGUCUCACACAUAUUGGGUCCAUAACGUCAUCUCGCCUGUUCUGUUCAAUACAGCGGUACAAGGAGUCCUAGACGAUUUCAAAUCCCCAGUUUUCGUCGAGAUUGGCCCUCACUCCGCCCUUGCCGGGCCUAUCCGUCAAAUCCUGAACUUCAAAAACAUGCCUGCCCAAUACAUACCGACGCUGGUGCGCAAUCAGGAUGCCAUUUCAGCCGUUCUGAAGACUGGAGGGGAGCUCUGGGUGGCCUGCAUCAAUAUUAACAUGGCUGCCGUCAAUCCACCGGGACAGUUUCUAACAGAUCUUCCGACAUAUCCAUGGCGCUACGAUGAGGAGUAUUGGAAAGAAAGCAGAAUUUCUCGCAGUUGGCGCUUCAGGACAUUCGAUCAUCACGAACUUCUCGGCUCUCGCGUCGAAGAGAUUUCGGACGCCUGCCCCGCUUGGAGGUGUAUUCUACGGCUUGAGGAUGUUCCAUGGCUGCAAGAACACGUCAUCCGGGACAACAUCACACUUCCUGCCUCUGGUUUCAUUUCUAUGAUAGGAGAGGCUCUGAGGCAGCUUCACGGGUUCGUGGACUUUACACUGGAAGCUGUGUCCAUGGAAGCAGCUUUGGUUCUCGAUGAAAAGCCAGUCGAGGUUGUGACGAUACUCAAUCCGUCAAAGUCAAAGACUUCGAGCAAGAAGAGCGUUUACGAUUUCUCAAUAUCCUCACUUGCAGAUGGGAGUGAAGUAUGGGUCAGCCAUGUCUUUGGCCAGUGCAAACCCGGCUCAGAUCGGAGGCAUGCUGUCCCUGACAUGCCUAUCCUACCACGUAAAGCUUCAGCAAAUUCAUUCUACAACACUUGGAAAAGACAUGGUCUGAACUACGGUUCCAACUUUAGGGGCUUGUCCAACGUCAUUUCACAUGUUAGGGAAGCCAAGGCUUUUGCAACACUGGAUGGCAAGCUCGCAGGCUACACCAAUUCGCCCUAUUCGAUUCAUCCAGUUACUCUCGACACAAGCAUGCACGUGGCAAUGAUAUCCGAGGCCCAUGGCCUGGAGCGAAACUUCCAAGGUCUAGUUGUUCCCACUUACAUCCAAGAGGUGUAUGUUGCUCGACCAACCGGACAGAUCAAUGUUGUCGCUAGUGCCGAUAAUGAGGCUGAAGUAAUUGCCAAGAGCAAUAUUGUUGGAAUUUCCGAUGGACAAGUCGUGAUCAAGAUCUCUGGCUUAGAGGUCACUCAACUCUGUGGAGUUACCAGUGACCAAGAAGCAGAUGAUCCUCACGCUGGUGUCGUUUUGAAGUGGAUGCCAGACAUUAACUUCACGAAGCUGACUCAACUAUUCCGCCGUCGGGAAAUGGAUGCCAGUUUCAACAUUUUGAAUGAACUGGUUUUGGCCUGCAUCGUUGAUCUGAGAACUCAGCUUCAGUUUCUUCCUGCUACGCAACCUCACUUUGUGAACUACAAGAGUUGGCUUGAUGCGUCAUAUCGCAAGGCUAUGACUGGGCGGUACGCAGAUGUCCUCAACGCUUUCGACAUCGCAACGAUGAAUCACAAGGCGAGGCUCGAGUCUAUCGGUAAAAUGGCAGAGUCUUGCAAGCGGACUCCUGCGUUGAACGCCUCUGUGUCGAUCUUCCACGUGCAUACCUUUGGCGCAGACUGCUUCUCCGGAUUGCCCCAUGCGAUGAAGCCACUCGCACAGCCCAGCCAUUUCGAUGGAGUUGCCAACCUCAUAGCUGACGUAGACUUCACCGACUUUGUUCGACUUCUAGGGCACAAGAACCCAGGGUUGAGAGUUUUACACAUAGGCGCGAGAGAGAGCGAUGACUUGCUAUCGAAGUUAUUGUGUUCCUAUGACAUCAACUUUCCAUAUGGUAGCUACGUUUAUACCGGGGCUUUCUCAAAACCGCCGAAUUCUUUGAGAAACCGUUUCGAGUCAGCACCGGCUGUUACCUACAAGCAGUUCGUGAUGGACGUAGAUCUAUCAUUGCAGGGCUUCUCGGAAGAAUCAUUCGAUCUCAUCAUCUCCGAACCUACGCUAUCCUCUUUCUCGAACGUCUCCAUAAUCAACAUGCGAAGACUGCUUAGUCCGCGAGGUCAUCUGAUUCUUCAACAUGCGAACCCCGAAUCCAACCUUCUUCGAUUCGCAUACGGGCUAUCUACUAACUUCGAUUUCGGCUACGGCUCCCUGGGCAGUCCUGACAUAUUGCUGAAUCAACUAAGUCACGCUGGCUUCGACAAUGCCUCAACCUUUACCUUCGCAGGAGAGCAUGGUAGGGUCACUGUCGCCACACCAUUUGCUGACUUCCCAAAAAUGAGCAAGGCCAGCAUCAUCUGUCAAGACCCAAGUCAUCAUCUGGUUGUUGCAGCAACAAGCAACUUAGAAUCCCGCGGUAUUUGCCCACAGUUCUUUUCCCUUGGGCAGGAGCUGCCCCAUGGUCAGGCCGUCGUGUGUUUGUUAGAUCUGGAAGGCCCCUUCCUUCAUGACAUGGAUAGCAUCCAGUGGGAAAACCUUAAGAAGUCUUUGUCUUCUGCGCAGGAUGAGAGAUUCCUUUGGAUCACUGCAGCCUCUCAAAUUCAAUGCAAAGACCCAAGGUACUCUUUGACACUGGGUGUGACCCGCAGCAUCCGGAGAGAAUUGUCGAUUGACCUGGUCACCCUUGAACUGGAAUCUUACGACGGUAGCGGAUGGAAUGCCAUGACCACUGUCUUCGAGUCUCUUGGCGACCGAAGCAGCAUUGACGGCACUAAGGCGGAUUCUGAAUAUGUCAGCUCCGGGGGGUUGAUUCAAAUAUGUCGGUUCCAUUCUGUCAAGGUUUCCGACGACCUACGCCAGCGAUGCGAGGGUGCACCCAAGGUCUUGAGAAUGAAGAAGCCCGGAAUUUUGCAAUCUUCAACAUGGGAAGAGUCAGAAGCCACGACGCUGAGCGACGAUCGUGUGGAAGUCUCAGUGAAAGCUGUUAGUCUGAACGCAGAGCAUUUUAAGGACUCAAAAUUCUCAUCGGGUCACUUAAAAGACAGCAGUAGCGCUUGCGCCAAAAUUGGCCUUGAAGGUAGUGGUGUUGUGACAGCUGUCGGGCCAAAGGCCUGUCGAUUCCGAGUGGGUGAUCGUGUUGCGUUUAACCUCUGUAGCUCCUUGGCCACCACAAUCAUCGUCCCGGAGUCUCUUUGUGCAGAUAUUCCACACGAAAUGACAUUUGAAGAGGCUGCUUCGUAUCCUUACUCUUAUAGCACGGUGCUUUAUGGACUUAUGGAGCUUGGCAGGUUGAGGAAGAACCAGACUCUUCUGAUUCAUUCAACGCCAGGUGCUCUUGGUUUAGCUGCUAUCCAAGUCGCAAAAAUGGUCGGUGCAGAGAUGUUCUGCACGACGGAGAAUGCGACACAAGCCCGAUAUCUGCAGAAGUUGUACGGUAUUCCGAGCAACCGUAUCUUAAGCUCCGAUAUCACCUCAUUGGUGCCUGAGAUCCUACACGAGACAAAUAGCCGGGGUGUGGACAUCGUCUUCAGCACGCGUCCUGAAUCUAUGCAGGAGAGCUGGGCAUGUCUCAAGCCGUUUGGAACGAUGGUACAAGUACGACAUGGUGGAGAUCAAAUGGCGGAUACUUUGAAGAGUUGCCGCAACCGAACUUUGGUGAACAUUGACCUCGAGGAAAUGAGAGUUCACCAGCCCGAGGAGAGUACUCGUCUUCUGGAGCAGGCAUUCUUGUUCCACAAGUUUGGACUCAAUAAGCCCUCGCAGCCCAUUACAGUCUUUCCAGCUUCUGACAUACUGUCAGCUUUCAAGUACUUGCAAAGUGAAGGGCGUAUCGGCCAAGUUAUUAUCAAGAUGCCCGAGAGCAACAUAGAGCUCCAAGCUCUUCCCUUACGACGAAGUUUAUCUCUCCGUUCGGAUAGAACCUAUGUCAUCGUCGGCGGUCUUGGAGGAUUGGGUCAAGCCACCGGAAGAUUCCUCAUCGAAAAGGGGGCUCGUCAUUUGAUAUUCUUUUCCAGAUCUGCCAAAGAUGUCGCCCACUCAGCAUAUUUCAAGGAGCUUGAAUUUCUAGGCUGCACGGUUCAAGCCGUUUCUGGUAGUGUCAACGAGAUGACGGAUGUGGUGAGGAUGGUUGACUCAGCAACUACUCCAAUUGCUGGGGUGUUACACGCUGCAAUGGUACUUCAGGAUGUUCACUUCGCCGACAUGACUUUUGAGCAAUGGCAGACUGCCGUCUCACCAAAAGUACAAGGAACUUGGAAUCUCCACUACGCUCUCCAAGCACAGAGAGAUCCUCUUGACUUCUUCUUUCUCUUCAGCUCCCUCUCGGGUUUGGGAGGACAGAUUGGACAGGCCAAUUAUGCUGCUGGGAACGCAUUCCUCGAUGCGUUUGUUCAGUACCGGCAUUCUCAGGGUCUAGCAUGUUCUGUACUUGAUAUUGGCAUCAUGGAAGACAUCGGUGUUCUUGCCAGGGAGACCAAUCGCCUCGAAGCUCUUCGCUUAACUUCUCAGCAUUGCCUUCAUGAACAAGACCUCCUUGAUGCCAUGGAGUUGAUGAUUGAGAGAUCUCAAGCGAAGAAGAGGACUCAUACGCAGCCCUUAUUGCAUUCGAUGGAAGGCUACUCAAAUUCGAGUCAGCUUGCCAUCGGAAUGCGGUCUUCGUCUUCCAUAAACAGAACUGGUUGGCAGCAAGAUCCACGGGCCGGAUUCCUAGCAAAGACUGUGUCUGUAGACGGUCCUAUCGAUCAGCACACAUCAGAAAGUAUUCUGAAAGAUUAUCUUCAGAGAUGUGUGUUAGAUCCCUCGCAGCUGGAAUCAGACGAGGCGAAACACUUCCUGGCUGGGGAGAUUGGUGCAGCAUUGCGGGGCUUCAUGAUGCGACAAGAUGAGGACUUCGACCUGACAAUGCCGCUGCAAACGGAUUCCUUGGUCACAGUUGAGCUUCGAAACUGGCUGAGACAAAAAGUUGGUGUAGUCCUCAAUGUUCUCGAGAUGAAGAGUGCAGCGAGUGUGAUUGCGCUGGGUGGCUUGGUGGCGAUGAGACUUUCGGCCGUGUACAGAAAUCGUGUGCAAGAUGUGGGCAUCAGUUGA